AUGCCCUCCCCCUCCCGUCCCAUAACCAGCCUCCUCUUCCUCCGCUCCCUCUCAACCUCCCCCCGAGAUCACCUCCUCCGCUUCGCAGCCCUCGCGAAGGAGCUCACCGACCAGCCCCCGCCUCCGCCUCCCCCGACCCGGCCACGGUCGCCGCACCCGUACGACUACAACCGCCUCAUGUCGGCGCACGCAGCGUCCGGUGAUAGCGCUGGCGCCAACCGCGCCCUCCGCCUGCUCGACGAAAUGCGCAGCCUCCUCCAUCGCCGCCCCGACGCCGCCUGCUUCACCACGGCCGCCGCGGCGCUGUCGUCCGCGUCCCGACCCGGCGCCGCGCUCGCGGUGCUCGAAGCCAUGGACGCGGACGGCGUCGCGCCCGACGCCGCCGCCUGCACGGUGCUCGUCCGGGUGUACGCCUGCCGCCUGCGGCUGUUCGACAAGGCCUACGAGGUCGUGCGGUGGAUGGCGGCGAGUGGUGUGGCCCCAGACGUGGUCACUUACUCUACGCUGAUCUCUGGGCUGUGCAGUGCCGGCCGGGUGGCUGAGGCUCUGGGCGUGCUGGACUUGAUGCUGGAAGAAGGAUGCCAGCCCAAUGCUCACACGUAUACGCCCAUCAUGCACGCCUACUGUGUGAGUGGGAGGAUACAUGAGGCCAAGGAGCUCUUGGAAACGAUGAUGGCCGCUGGAUUUGCGCCAAGCACUGCCACCUACAAUGUGUUGGUUGAAGCUCAAUGCAAGGUUGGUGCUUUCAAGGAAGUAGAUGCGCUUGUUGAGGAGAGCAGCACAAAAGGGUGGACGCCAGAUAUAAUCACAUACAGUACUUACAUGGACGGGUUAUGCAAAGCCGGCAGAAUAGAUAAGAGCUUUGCAUUGGUAGAUAAGAUGCUGUCCAAUGGGUUGCGCCCCAACGUGGUUACUCUGAAUAUCCUUCUUGAUGGGAUUUGCCGUGGAUCAACUGCUUUGGCUGCGAAGUGCCUCUUGGAGUGCAGUGCAGAGAUUGGGUGGCAUGUUAAUGUUGUCAACUAUAACACAGUGAUGAGGAGGCUUUGCGACGAACGGAGAUGGUUGGCUGUUGUCAAGCUCUUCGCUGACAUGGUCCAAAAGGGCAUUGCUCCAAAUAGCUGGACUUUCAGCAUUGUAGUCCACAGUCUCUGUAAACUCGGGAAGCUUCAUAAAGCGCUUUGCCUGCUGCGAAACAAUGAGUUUGUCGCAAAUGUUGUGACAUACAAUACUUUGAUCCGUCAUCUCAGUUUCUUAGGGAAAGCUAGUGAGGCCUACCUCUUACUUCACGAGAUGGCUGAGGAAGGCAUUGCUCCCAAUGAUGUCACCUAUGGUCUUGUGAUUGAUUGUCUCUGUAGAGAAGAGAAAUUCUUGGUCGCACUUAGCUGUUUCUACCGCUCACUGGACGAUGGCCUCUCUCCAUCUGCACUAUCGAGUAUUGUUCGAGGUCUCAUUGCUGGUGGUAAGCUUCGUGAAUUGCAUACUCUGGUCAGAUGGUUUCUUGGACAAGGUUUCAUAAUAGAUGUGUAUAUGUAUAUGUGCCAGGAACUGAUCAUUGCUUUUUGUAAGAAAGGGUACUGUCGAGGUGUUGACAUGUACAAAAUGUCUCACAUAUUGGAAAGAAUGCUCGGAUUGAAAUGA